GCGGCUCCCGCUCCCCGCUGCCGCCCCACGCCGGGCCCUCUCGCCGCCGCCGCCGCCGCUCCUGCUGCUGCCUGGCGGGGCCUGGAGCGAUGCUUCGCCGGUGAUGUCCGUGGAACACGAGAAGGACCCCGCCGCGGCGCUCAAGAGGCCCCGAGGUGGUGACGGUGGAUUGGAUGGGUUAGGAGGCCCAGGUGUGCAGCUUGGCAGUCCAGAUAAGAAAAAGCGCAAGUCGAAUGUUCAGGGGUCAUCCUUUCCUCCACCAUCUGAAUAUGCGCCUCCACCAAAUCCCAGCUCUGAUCACCUUGUAGCUGCAAAUCCGUUUGAUGACAACUACAACAAUCUUUCUUACAAGCCGUUGCCAUUGGGGAACCCAUAUUUUGCCAAUCCCAGCUACCCAGGCUUUGGAGGCUACAACACGUUCAGGAUGCCACCGCAGAUGGUUCCCAGGAUGUCCUCACCAUACGGUGCUACUUACCCACUUAGAAACCAGCCACACCCAUUUCCCCAGAACCCAGUGGGAAUGGUCUACAACCGGCCUCAACCAAUUAACUUUGGGCCACAUGAAAAUGUGUCUUUUGGAAACCAGCCCUCCUAUAACAGUAACAUGAAUCAGAAUGUUGGCAUGUCCGGCCAACACUUCAGGCCGAACCCUGGUGAGAAUUUUGGUCACAUUCCUUCACAGAACACGACACAGAUGUCACCCCAUGACAUGCCAUUGCACUUUGGACCCGGCGGCAACCCCAAUUUCAACAAUUCCCAGAUGGAGUCAAACCAUUCUUUCUUUCCCUCGCCAAACAAUUACAACCAGGCAAAGCCUUUGCAAAAACAAGGUGCAAAUAAGCACAACCACCCCCCGCCACAACACCAUCUGCACGGCCCAGAGGACUCUGCCAACUCAGGAAACACAGAUAUAAAGACUGUGAAUCGAAAUAACCCAGCAAACCAGGAGAGCAUCCCCUCUAAAAAUGUUGAAAAUCUGAACAGCAAUCAUGCGAAUGGGGCUCAGAACAAGCCCCGGCUCCCCAGCCGAGGUCCAGCUGAAGGAGGCAGCUCUGAGAAGGGCAGCAAAAUGCCCCUGCACCCUGGUCAGCAUGGUCACGCCGCCUCUGAGCCAGUCUAUCCUUGUGGGAUUUGUACCCACGAAGUGAACGAUGACCAGGAUGCCAUCUUGUGUGAAGCUUCUUGUCAAAAAUGGUUUCAUCGGAUCUGCACGGGCAUGACGGAAUCUGCCUACGGACUGCUCACUGCAGAAGCAUCGGCAGUGUGGGGCUGUGACACCUGCAUGGCGGACAAGGAUGUUCAGCUGAUGCGCACCAGAGAAACAGCUGGGCCACUAGUGUUGAAUGCUGAUGCGUGAUGCCCACCCUGGUUCCUUCAGAUACUCAACUGGCUGCCAUUUGUACGGUGUUUCCUUUAUCAGUCAUGGGUGGGCUUUGUUUGCUUUCUUUUCAGCAAUUGGUCUUCACUUUCUGCCCAAGUGCAUUAAGAUUUUACCAGGAGAACUUCUAGCAAAUGCUCAACUGACGAUUAAGUGCCAAUAUGGCUUUACUCACAUGGAAAGUUUGGGGGUAUGUAAACAUCUGCCUUUGUGGAUCACUUUGCCCAGGGCUAUUCCACUUGGCAGUGUUGGAGGAACCAUAUACUGAUUUAUCUUUUGAGUACAUGGGAGUUAAUUCUGUCCUCUGUUUGGGAGCCUUUCUUAAGUUCUGAAGGUUGAGGGCAUGACACAGGGAGAAGGAUCAAGCAAUAUUUAUUUUAAAAUUAUCACCAGGAAUGUCAAACUAUUUGUAUAAGUAGCUGAAAACCUCAAGUCAUAUUAACCUCCUUUUCACAUUUUGAUUUAGCUUGCUCUUUCAGAACAUAUUGGUGAGCUUUGAAGAUAAGGAACAGGUCCAUUUUUAGUGAAUUCUGAAGACUUACUCAGUGGGCAUCUCUUUAAUGGUCUUUAGCAGCCUGUUUCCAAACACAUUUACUCAGCAAGAACUCUCGUAGUUUUCAUUGGCCAAGUGAGCAUCAAUAAGACUAAGUGCAUAAAAGCUCAGCAGGCCUGAAUGUUUUUUUUCUUCCCUUUUUUCAAAAAGGGAUUGAGGUUUGUAUGUCUGUGAUAUUAAUACACACUCACCCUUUCCAAGACCCAUCAUGUCCUCUGCAAUGGCAUUGCAAGACCAUGAAGUGUGAUGCUGCCAUCCCGGUGUUGGCUGUCUUGGAACUCCAUUGUGGUGCUAGAUUAGAGUUCUGGGCUCUUUAGACCUUUUUGUGUGAUGAAUGUAAUCCAGAUAAAUUUGCUAGUAUGGUAAAUUGUUCAAGUCCCACUGUCUUCAGAGGGACUUGACUUAUUAAGCAUGCUAACUUUUCUUUGGCUUGGAAAUGUGCAUUUGGUUCCACAUGGACUUACUCUGGUGCCUGCUGUACAGAAUAUACUGUUGCACAUAGGCAGCCUCUGUCUCCCUUUUUCCUGCCCUCAAUCACAGCUAGCUUGCACAUUUGGCUUUGUUUGAAACUUUUGCUGUAGUGUGUUUUUGUGUCCGCUCAGCUGCUCUUUGCAGUGCUUGCUUUCCCAUACAGUUCAGGGUCUGCGCUGGGACCCUGGCUGCUCGCUCAGAUGUCCACUGCCAUCGCUUGCUCCUUCCUCUGCUGCUUCCAGUUGAGAUUCUCAGCUCUGCUGCUGUUUUUGUUUUGCUUCUGGCUGUGUUCUUGAAAACUGCUUGUCUUUGGAGGGUAUAAUGUCUCCCUCCAGGGAAGGGAAGGUCACGCCCAGCAUUUUUCUCCUCUACUCGCCCCAGUGUAACUGCCUUUGGGGAUUUGAUACAAUAGAUCAGGUGCAGAGACCAGAGUGCAGGGCACAAACAAUAGCCCAGGUUUCCCAACUCUUUAAUAUCUAAAGCCUGUCUGGAAAAGACCUUAGGUCAGAGUUUUUCUCCAUUACAAAAAGUCUUUUUUCACUUCCGUGGGAACCCCAAGCUCUUCCAGCACAUUGCAGCUUCACUGAUCUCCUCUAAAGUGAGGUUUACAGAGCACAUGAAUUUCUGAAUAAUGCUGGAGGAAUGAGCAGCUGUUGCAGCUAUGGAUGGUUGGUGGAAAUUCUACUGCGUUUUAGCCUCAUUUUUUUCUCAUUAAAAUAAUAAUAAUAAUAAUAAUAAUAAUAAUAAUAAUAAUAAUAAUAUAUUUGUACCCCACCCAUCUGGCUGGGUUUCCCCAGCCAUUCUGAGUGCCUCCCAACAGAAUAUUAAAAACAUGAUAAAAGAUCAAACAUUAAAAACUUCCCUAAACAAGGUUGCUUUCAGAUGUCUUCUAAAAGUCAGAUAGUUGUUUAUUUCCUUGACAUCUGAUGGGAGGGCGUUCCACAGGAAGGGUGCACUACUGAGAAGGCCCUCCACCUGGUUGCCUGUAACUUGGCUUCUCGCAGUGAGGAAACUGCCAGAAGGCCCUCGGAGCUGGACCUCAGUGUCUGGGCUGAACGAUGGGGGUGGAGACACUCCACACAGGCAGCCUGAGGGGCCCACAAAGGAUAUCUGCGGGCAGAACUGUACAUGCUCUGUUGGCAUGCCUUGUUUGAAUUAUAAUUCCCCAAGGCCUUUGAUGUUUGAAUUAGAUGAAUUUAACCUUGUAGCCCAUCUAGAGAAGAGUCAGUCCUCUGUGGGCUGUACCCAACCCACACUUCUCUGUUUAAACCAGGCAUAGGCAAAAUCGGCCCUCCAGAUGUUUUGGGACAACAACUCCCAUCAUCGCUGACCACUGGUCCUGUUAGCUAGGAAUGAGCUAGCCACUGUGAUCCACGCAACGGUCACCUCCAGACUGGAUUAUUGUAACUCGCUCUACGUGGGGCUGCCCUUGAGACUGACCCAGAAACUCCAGUGGGUGCAGAAUGCCGCAGCGAGACUACUUACGGGGUCCUCGCUGUGGGAUCACAUUCACCCGGUGCUGUACCAGCAGCACUGGCUCCUGGUGGAGUACAGGAUCAGGUUUAAGGUGCUGGUUUUAACCUUUAAAGCCCUAUACGGCCUAGGACCCUCGUACCCACGGGACCACCUCUCCUGGUAUGUCCCACAGAGGACCUUAUGGUCUUCAGACAAAAACAUCUUGGAGGUCCCAGGCCACAGAGAGGUUAGGCUGGCCUCAGCCAGAGCCAGGGCUUUUCGGCUGUGGCUUUGAUCUGGUGGAACGCUCUGUCACAAGAGACUAGGGCCCUGCGGGACUUGACAUCUUUCUGCAGGGCCUGCAAGACAGAGUUGUUCCACCAGGCCUUUGGCCAGGGCACAGCCUGACCCCCUCCUUUGGCAAUCCUCACAAAACUCCAGCCCAAUGGUUGCCAUUAAUCUGAUUUGAAUUGAUUUUAUAAUGAAAUGAUUUUAGAAUGUUGUAUCAUUUUACUGUUGUUAGCCGCUCUGAGCCCGGCUUCGGCUGGGGAGGGCGGGAUAUAAAUAAUAAUAAUAAUAAUAAUAAUAAUAAUAAUAAUAAUAAUUUAUUAUAGUCCCAAAACAUCUGAAGGGCCGAGUUUGCCUAUACUUAGUUUAACUGAAGCUUAAAUCCAAGAAUGGCUGCAGCAACCACAAAACUGACUGUGGAGCGGACAAAUGCUGGCUCCCUCGGCCUGUAAAGCGAAAUGAGCGCUGCAACCCCAGAGUCAUUCGCAACUAGACUUAACUGUUAGGGGUCCCUUUAUCUUUACCUUUUAGUGUGCAGAAAAUACUUCUAAGUUACAGUAAAAUAAAAGUUGGUAGUCUUAACUAACAUGGCUGAAAGCAUGUGCAUCUGGUCAGCUUGGAGGCAUAGUGGAAAGAGAGAGUCUCCUUACAGGCUAAAGGAAAGAAAAAGGAUUGUCUCGUUUGUUACAGAGUUCCCUCCCAGAGGAGGCAAAGGAAGUGACCACACACAAGAGGGUUCUCUUUAGAAAAUUCGAGAAUUCUCUGUGCUUGUCUAGCAAAACAUCCAUUUGUGAUUUUGACUGUAAACCGCACAGCUUCCCUCCCUCUUCAGCCCUGGGUUCUUGAGAUCAUGUAACCUACAGGAGGCAGUGUGUGCCUCAGUCUAGUCCCCUCUUUGUGACCUCAUGAGGCCUUUCUCCCAGCCUAUCCUGCUGGGGCUGAGAGGCCUAGGUGGGCUGUCAUUAGCCUGGCCUGUUAAUGAGAUUUUGAAAUAAGGCAAGUGAGUUUUAUUCCAGAGUAAGCUGUGAUAUAAAUGAGCUCUGUGAGAGCUUGUGGGAGUUUGAAUGCCAACUCUGCACUCUCAUUAGUAGGGAUUCUGAAUUAUCCAACCAAAUUCCUCUUCACGGACUCUCCACCAAAGAAUGGUCUUCCCUUUCGUAAGGCAAAGUUGAGAUGUCAGAGGGGCUUGCACUUUCUCUCUUUUGCGGCCAUGCACCAGCACACCCUGGAGGGUUCCAGGAAAAUAGCAAAAUAUGUGUAACCUACUACCAUUGCUGCUGCUGCUGCUGCUGCAUUCUCAAGAGCAUCCUCUUGGUAAUUGCCAUAGAGGAGCACCUGGGCUCUCUUGCAUGUCUCAUCAUUAUAUUGUUUGUACUGCAUAGACCCUUGGGAAGUUCCAGUUUGAGUGAAAGAGGUGCAUUCUUGUGCAUAAUGCCCAUGUGACUCUUUUGAGGAGGGCUGCUUUUCUCUUCUUUCUUUGGAAAAUGCCCUGCCAGUUGGAAAAAUAUGUAAAGAAAAUUUGGGGUACUUGAGAUACUUAUGCGUUUGAGGUGCUUGCAAUAGCUGUGGUCUCAAUGAUGGCCUUUAACUCUAGAAUCAGAGCAGGAGACCUCAAGGCUUAAAAGGUUUAGCUGGGACCACUUGAAUCUCCUUUGUCAACAAUGUGCCUUAUUCUGUGACCUCUGGGUUUGUUUCCCCAUGAUGAGUUGUGGUUCAUUUUUUGACUCUUGGGUGAAAGUAGCUAUGCCAGGAACAAGGAGUAGCCUGGUGGCUAGCCUUUGCAGACAACACAUUUCUCUCAAUGUGGUGCCUUGCAGCCCUUCUAGAGCUGUUUCAAGGUGCUCACACACCCAACAUGAACUUUCUGCUGUAUUCGGUGUUGUGGAAUGAGAAUGUAAAGAAACACGUUUUGUGGGACUUUCUCUUGAAAAUGUUGUUUGCGUUUGUGGCUUUCGCCCAGCAUUCUUUUAUCACCCCAAACCAAGAGUAAAUCAGUGUCAUCAUAAAACUAGAGCCCUGGAGUGCCUCCAUUGCUCUUUAGGCAGCUUUGCACAUGUGUGCUGGAAGGGGCAGCCUUGCCAUAAGGUAAUGAGGGUGCACAACUCAGGCAGUGAACGUUAUACACCAGUAGGGAACGUAAGCUGAGCCCUGCAGCUGGGUCAGACCAAAGGAGGCCAAUCCAGUCCAGCAUCCUGUUCUUUCAAUGGCCAACCAGGUGCCUCUUCUGGGAAAGCCGUGAGCAGGACCUGAGCAUAACAAGGUCAUCAGAACUUAUUGGUCAUCACAACCUUCUCCUAGAAUAAAAGUUAUAAAUGUCCCAAAUGUCA